AUGGAGCGCAACGGUUUACCAACGAAGAAACGAUUGCCAAUUUUUAACUCCUCCCACGAACCUGCUACCCCCUACCGAGCCGCCAGUACUGACCCCAGCAUCGCCACCAACAAUCAUUGCGAAGAUUCAAGGGAGACCGAAGAAAACUCUUUAGUCCUUAGCAACAGUCACGAUGCCUCCGGCGAAGGAACACAACUCGAAAUACUCAUACAGCCGAUCCUUCUCACAGAACGGGAUGUCCAUGUCGGCGAAGGUCUACCAUCCCGCCACGAACCUGAUGCCGCCGUCGCCACCACUGUCACCGACCGGCGUCACGCCCCCCUUCUCCAGCUCCACGCGGUCCACCAACACCUGGGGCCGGCAGAACAGCAUGGGCAAUGGCAAAUACUCGUGAUGUCCGCGAGAUGGCUCCAGCUUGGAACGAACGAGAACCGACAC